AUGUCCUCCUUACCACGUCGUUUCGUCGACGUCGCGCGCGACAACAAGGGUACUUCACCCUCAUCGACGCACACCUCGAUCAAGGACGAGUUCAGCGCUGAGGCAAUGGAUCUUCGUCCGUGGAGCAGCGAACAAGAUUUCGGCGAUGACAUGACUCUUUUGCGCGAAACGAGAGUGGGUUUUCCGUCGCGAGAUCUGGAGCUGGAGGUUCCGUCUGCCGAAAUCCGGUAUCGCCCCGACACGACCCUGGCCUCCUCGACAAACCUCCCUCGCGCACUCACCAUCUACGAGCAACGCCCUCUGGCCACUCCUAAGCCUCGAAAUUCGCGCCGCAGCAAUGAAGCUUUACCUGACGAGCAGGUUGAUUCUGAUGCGUCGCGGGGGUCGAAAGGCGCGUCCCACGCCUUCGCCUUCCCCCUCGAACGCUCUCCAAGCGCACCUCCCGGCUUCCUCUCGAGCACGUCCUCCAUCGCGCUUCCUGCCCCCUGUCUCACCCUCCUCCCUGGCCUCGAGUUCUCUUGCGCCUUUCUCGCGCUUCUCGACGCUUCAUUUGCGCUACUCAACGCUUCAUCCGCGCUGGCUGAUGCGUCCCUCUAA